CAAAGGGGGCGGGACGUCCGUGUUCCUUGUCGUUCGCCGCAGCAUCUGGCGCCCGGGAAGAGGUGGUUGUGAGGGAAGCAAUCUCACGGUUCUCUGGCUUCCGAGGCUUCUGGUUUGUCGCGGGGAGGAGGCAGCGAGCGAGAAGAAUCCGCUGCAGCCGAUCCUCGGCUACUCUCCUGCUCACCUCCGCGCGACGUACCCGCCGCCGCUGUUGGUUGGAGCAUUUGACAUUGUGCAGCAAAGAAAUGGUUAUGGAGAAGCCCAGUCCGCUGCUUGUAGGGCGAGAGUUUGUGAGGCAAUAUUAUACUUUGCUGAAUAAAGCUCCAGAAUAUUUACACAGGUUUUAUGGUCGGAAUUCUUCCUAUGUUCAUGGUGGAGUAGAUGCUAGUGGAAAGCCCCAGGAAGCUGUUUAUGGCCAAAAUGAUAUACACCACAAAGUGUUAUCUCUGAACUUCAGUGARUGUCAUACUAAGAUUCGUCAUGUGGAUGCUCAUGCAACCUUGAGUGAUGGAGUAGUUGUUCAGGUCAUGGGUUUACUGUCAAACAGUGGACAGCCAGAAAGGAAGUUUAUGCAGACCUUUGUUCUGGCUCCUGAAGGAUCUGUUCCAAAUAAAUUUUAUGUUCACAAUGAUAUGUUUCGCUAUGAAGAUGAAGUAUUUGGUGAUUCUGAACCAGAACUUGAUGAAGAGUCAGAAGAUGAAGUAGAAGAGGAACAAGAAGAAAGACAACCAUCUCCUGAACCUGUGCAAGAAAAUGCUAACAGUGGUUACUAUGAAGCUCACCCUGUGACUAAUGGCAUAGAGGAACCUUUGGAAGAAUCCUCUCAUGACCCUGAACCCGAGCCAGAAUCUGAAACAAAGACUGAAGAGCUGAAACCACAGGUGGAAGAAAAGAACUUAGAAGAAUUAGAGGAGAAGUCUACUACUCCUCCUCCUGCAGAACCAGUUUCUCUGCCACAAGAACCACCAAAGCCAAGAGUUGAAGCUAAACCAGAAGUUCAAUCUCAGCCACCACGUGUGCGUGAACAACGACCUAGGGAACGACCUGGUUUUCCUCCCAGAGGACCAAGACCUGGCAGAGGAGAUAUGGAGCAGAAUGACUCUGACAACCGUAGAAUAAUUCGCUAUCCAGACAGUCAUCAACUUUUUGUUGGUAACUUGCCACAUGAUAUUGAUKAAAAUGAACUAAAAGAGUUCUUUAUGAGUUUUGGAAACGUUGUGGAACUUCGCAUCAAUACCAAGGGUGUUGGGGGAAAGCUUCCAAAUUUUGGUUUUGUGGUUUUUGAUGACUCUGAACCAGUUCAGAGAAUCUUAAUUGCAAAACCGAUUAUGUUUCGAGGGGAGGUCCGUUUAAAUGUGGAAGAGAAGAAAACCAGAGCUGCAAGAGAGCAAGAAACCAGAGGUGGUGGUGACGAUCGCAGAGAUAUUAGGCGCAACGAUCGAGGUCCUGGUGGUCCACGUGGAAUUGUGGGUGGUGGAAUGAUGCGGGACCGCGAUGGAAGAGGACCUCCUCCAAGAGGCGGCAUGGCACAGAAACUUGGCUCUGGGAGAGGAACCGGGCAAAUGGAAGGCCGUUUCACAGGACAGCGUCGCUGAAGCUCCACUGUUGGCAAAGUCUUGGCAGUGGUACAUUAUUCAUCGUGUUUGCAUUCUUGUUAAUUUUUUUGGCUUUGGAAUGUGACACAGCCUUUUUGAUUAUUUCUUUGAUGUGAAAAGCAUCUUUGGUUCAGUUAAAUUGAGGUGGACAUUAUUUCCCCAAUUUCACAACAGGAUUUACAUUGUUAAUUUAUAAAUCUAGACUUGGGGAAUUAAGGACUGAGAAAUGACCAUAUCUUAAAACUAUCUACAACAAAAUGAACUUAAAAGGACAUGCCCACUGAAUUCAGGUCCUUUGAGUCAAAAAAAAAUCUUCUGCUGCACAUUUUGUUUAAGUGUUACUGUUUCUGCCUAUUAAUGUUGGAAACACAAAUAGUGCAAUUUGUGCAAUUGGAGAAUCUUGCCUUUUUUCUUGGCUCCCCCCAAAAAUACAAACCAACAGAAACUUAUUAUGCACUCAUCAAAAUGCACUAUUGGGUACUCUGAACUCAUUAAUAUUGACAUCUGCAACAGGAGGCAACAGGGAAAAAAAAAAUCUUUCAUCUUUUUUCCAGUAGARAAUAGUUUGUGAAUGAGGGCAUUUUAUCUGCUUGCUGUGACCAGCGUGUGUACUCUUAAACCUUAACAAGACUACAGAAAUAUUCCAGAAGGAAAUCAUUUAGUUGUGAACUAAAUAACAAGUCAGAACUUCAAAUGUUAUGGUCUUGAAUAUUAGACCAGAUUUAGUAGCUCCAUAAGAGUUUUCUACCUGCCCCUCUUCAGUACAGGGAUGGCUGGCUGCUCAACACAACACUCCUCCUCCCUUUUCCUUUCUUUAAGCUGUGUACAGUGGAAAUUGUCUUUCCUGUAUUUUUGUUCUCUGGUAAUGUAAUAAGCAUGAUGGUGCCUUCUAUUAAUACAUCAUUCCAGUCUUGCUGGUAAUUUUGUACAGUAUAGWUUAUGAAUUGCUGUGCUGCAAAGCCAAACAGCUGCAAAAUGUUGAAAAAUCAUUGAAGUGUAUAAAAAUUGCAGUAUCUUUAAAAUCAGUAAAA